GGCGGCGGCCAUGUCGGUGUGCGUGCGGGCCGUGGUGCGGGUGCUGGUGCUGCAGGCGGCCUGGGCGCUGGGCGGCGGGCAGGUGCGCUACUCGGUGCCGGAGGAAGCCAAGGGCGGCACGGUGGUGGGGCGGCUGGCGCAGGACCUGGGCCUGGAGGCGGGCGAGGCGGAGGCGCGGCGGCUGCGGCUGGUGUCGCAGGGCCGGCGGGCGAGCGUGGAGGUGAGCGGGGCGAGCGGGGCGCUGGUGGUGAGCUCGCGGCUGGACCGGGAGGAGCUGUGCGUGAAGAGCGCGCCCUGCGCCCUGCGCCUGGAGGUGCUGCUGGAGCGGCCGCUGCGCGUCUUCCACGUGGAGGUGGAGGUCACCGACAUCAACGACAAUGCCCCGCUCUUCCCCGCCGCCACCAAAAACCUCAGCAUCGCGGAGCUGUCGCUGCCGGGGUCCCGCUUUCCGCUGGAGGGCGCGUCGGAUGCAGAUAUCGGAGCCAACGCGCAGCUCUCCUAUACCCUCAGCCCCAGCGAGCACUUCGCUCUGGAUUUGCAGCGGAGUGAAGAACAUCUUGAAUCGCUGUUCCUGGUGCUGACGAAAGUUCUGGACCGCGAGUCUCUGGCCGAGCACCGUCUGUUGCUGACGGCGAGUGACGGGGGCAGGCCGUCGCUGACGGGCACGGUGGAGCUGGUGGUGUCGGUGCUGGAUGCGAACGACAACGCGCCCCAGUUCAACCAGUCGGUGUAUAAAGUGCAGGUGCCGGAGAACGCGGCAGAGGGAACACUGGUGGCGCACGUGGGCGCAACAGACCCGGACGAGGGAAUUAAUCACGAAUUCUUCUUCAGCAUCGUCAGUUCAGUUCCUGCUGCCAAGAGAGAUGUCUUUGGCAUUGAUCCGCAGACGGGGGAGAUCCGUCUCCGGGGCACUCUGGACUUUGAAGAAGUUCGCUUAUACGAGUUACAAAUCGAAGCGGGAGACAAGGGCGUUCCGCCGUUGUCAGGGCACUGCAAGGUGGUGGUGGAGGUGUUGGACGUGAACGACAACGCGCCCGAGGUGUGGGUGACGUCGCUGUCGGUGCCGGUGGCCGAGGACGCGUCGUUGGGGACGGUGGUGGCGCUGCUGAGCGUGUCGGACCGGGACUCGGGGUCGAACGGGCGGGUGCGGUGCGCGGUGUGGCCGCCGUCGCCGUUCGGUCUGGUGGCGACGUUCGCGGGCUCGUACUCGCUGGUGCUGCGGGAGGCGCUGGACCGGGAGCGGGUGUCGGAGUACGAGGUGGAGGUGCGGGCGGAGGACGGCGGGGCGCCGCCGCUGCGCGCCAGCCGCGGGCUGCGGGUGCCAGUGUCGGACGUGAACGACAACGCGCCGGCGUUCGCGCAGGCCGUGUACACGGUGCUGGCGCGGGAGAACAACGCGGCGGGCGCGGAGCUGGCGCGGCUGUGGGCGCGGGACCCGGACGAGGCGGGCAACGGGCGCGUGAGCUACUCGGUGGCGGAGGGCGGCGCGGGCGCGGGCGCGGGGUCGGGGUCGGGGUCGGGGUGGCGUCCGGCGUCGAGCUACGUGUCGGUGGACGCGGAGAGCGGGCGGCUGUGGGCGCUGCAGCCCCUGGACUACGAGGAGCUGCAGGUGCUGCAGUUCGAGGUGCGGGCGGUGGACGCGGGCGAGCCGCCGCUUUGCGGCAACGCCACGGUGCAGCUCUUCGUGGUGGACGAGAACGACAACGCGCCGGCGCUGCUCCCGCCUGCCGGCGGCGGGCCGGGGCACUGGGUUGCGGGCGAGGCGUCGGCGUCGGCGUCGGCGUCGGCGCCGGGGUCGCUGUGGGCGUGGGCGGCGUGGGGGGCGCCGGCGGGGCAGGUGGUGGCGAAGAUCCGCGCGGUGGAUGCGGACUCGGGCUACAACGCGUGGCUGCGCUACGAGCUGUGGGAGCCGCGGGGCAAGGGCCCGUUCCGCGUGGGGCUGUACAGCGGCGAGGUGAGCACGGCGCGGGCGCUGGAGGAGGCGGACGGCCCGCGGCAGCGGCUGCUGAUCGUGGUGCGGGACCACGGGGAGCCGUCGCGCUCGGCCACGGCCACGCUGAGCGUGUCGCUGGUGGAGGGCGCCGAGGCGGCGCUGGCGGCGGCGGGGGCGGUGUCGGCGGGGGCGGGGCUGCGGCCGGCGGCGGGCGCGGAGGGCGGCGCGGCGGCGGCGGCGGCGGCGGCGGCGACGAACGUGUGGCUGGUGGUGGCCAUCUGCGCGGUGUCGAGCCUGUUCCUGCUGGCGGUGGUGCUGUACGGGGCGUCGCGCUGGGCGCCGCGGGCGGCCGUGCUGUCGGGGCCCGGUCCGGCGACGCUGGUGUGCGCCAGCGAGGUGGGCAGCUGGUCGUACUCGCAGCGCCAGAGCCGGAGCCUGUGCGUGGCGGACGGCGCGGGCAAGAGCGACCUGAUGGUUUUCAGCCCCAACUGCCCGCCGCCGCCCGGCCCCGCGGCAGAAAACGGUUCUGCCGAGAAGGGACCUUCGCUCUCCCCAUACUCUUCAGGCGCGGUAAGUUGCCCGUUGUGUUUUCACUUUUUUUCCCACUUCUUCUGUUCUGUUUUCCGGUGAUAUUUCACGGCAGGUUGGUCAUUAAAACGAUGUGUUUGUGGAAGUAAUUUUUCAAGGAUUUUCAUCACAACAUGGCUUCUGCAAAUCCUGUUGGUUACUGGUGUAUAGCAUUUCUGUUCGAGAGUGUUGAAGGACUGCAGUCCAGGAAGAGUUGGUCUGGUGGUGACUGUGCAGCAGGCACUAUUGAAAGCCCUUUAAAUAGCUGAAUAUCGAGCCUACUGUUGAUAUUGUAUUGUGUUUUCUUCAGGUCCAUUCUGGAAAGCUCUUGUGUAGCUGGAAAACCAGAACACUCUUGGCCUCAUGUUUUCUGAUAAGUUAUGCUGUGAAGUCUUCUAUCCAUGCAGGAUGCUGCAGGCUAUUGUAGUGACUGACACUGAUGCCAUGAUGUUUGUGUCUCACUCCUUCACCAACAGGGUUGUCAUCUCUCAGAAUGAAAUCAAUACCCAUUGAUGUUAGCUGUUACUACAUCUCUGUUCGAAAGAGGGUUGGUCAUGUGGCAUGUGACACACUGGCCUGUUUUGAUGUUCUUUCAGUGAAUCUGGAAGUGAAUCUGCAAGAUGGUUCCUGUGCAUAUGGACCACUGGCAGAGUUUUGCAGGUUUCAGAUCUGUCAUUGCUGGGAAGGGUCUGUGAAAGUUGGAGCGAGCAUUGUGGUGAGAAGGGAAAGUGUGUCAUCUGGAGGAGGUGAAUGUGGCAAUGGCACUGAAUGGGACCUGGCCUUAUUCUGAAGUGAACCGUGACCUUUGGUGAGAAGUCCCACUGCUUCAGGGAAAAGGAAAUCAAUAUUCUACAUUGCAUGCCACAACAUAAGAAGGAGAGAUGUCUACUUGUGUUGAAAACACACAUUCCAGAAUGGGG